AUGCAUGUCUUCAACCACAUUGAUGGUGUGCAGGCACCUGCAUAUGUGUGCAAGUCAUGUGGUGAAGUAUUGCCCACUGAUGAUUGCUUGAAAAAACAUUUGAGAAUGAGUGAGGUUGACCAAGCAUUAUCUGCUGCCAACAGUGAGAUAAUUGACUGGAGUGAUGACCAUGAAAACAUUAUCUCCUUGGAAAGUGUACGAGAAGGAACCAUGGAACAGAGUGAGAAGCAGUCUUCAUCCAAGAAAAGUAGGAAAACAUUCAAGAAAUCCCUUAAUGACGUCUGCAAUACACAUAAUGUGACACAAGCUGCAGAAAAACCCGUAAGAUGUGAUGAUGAUGGAAUGUCAUCUACAAGUGAUAAUGUCAAUGUCCACAGCGUGCUAAGUGCAAAGCGGUGUCACAGAUGUGAUGUUUGUGGUAAAUUGUUCACUCUGUUAAGUGCUCUUAGGAGACACAAAAUAAUACAUACUGGUAAGAGAGCCCACAAAUGCGAUGUUUGCGGCAAAUGUUUUACCCGUUUGAGUCAUCUUAAGCGUCACAACUUCAUACACACUGGAAAGCGACCCUACAAAUGUAGUGUUUGUGGAAAAUCGUUUAAUCGUUCCAGCAAUUUGAAGACACAUGAAUUAAUACACACAGGAAAGAUGCCUUACAAAUGUGAUACUUGCGGCAAAUCUUUUAAUGCGUUGUCCAAUCUCAAGUUCCAUGUUCUAAUACACACUGGACAGAGACCCUUCAAAUGUAGUAUUUGUGGAAAAUCGUUUAAUCAUCCUAGCCAUCUGAAGAGACAUGAAAUUAUACACGCAGGAACGAGGCCUCACAAAUGUGAUACUUGUGGCAAAUCGUUUAAUUUAUUGUCGACUCUCAAGUUCCAUGUUCUAAUACAUACUGGACAGAGACCCUACAAAUGUAGUGUUUGUGGAAAAUCGUUUAAUCAGCCUGGCCAUGUGAAGAGACAUGAAUUAAUACACGCAGGAAAGAGUUCUCACAGAUGUGGUAUUUGCGGAAAGUGUUUCACUUACUUGGGUAAACUCAAGGAACACACAACAGUACACACUGGUGAAUGACCGCACAUAUGCUGUGCUUGUGGAAAAGAGUUUACUCUGUUGAGCAAUCUCAAGAGACAGGAAUUAAUACACACUGGACAGAGACAACACAAAUGCAAUGUGUGUGCCAAAUCUUUUUUGUUACUGGAUCAUCUAAAGAGACACACAUUAAUACACGGAGGAAAGACAUCCCACAAAUAUGAUACUUAAGCAAAUAUUUUCCUCCGCUAAUCUUAAAAAAAAGAGUUAGUUCACGACCGUAUAAAUGUAGUGCUUGUGGAAAAAAGUUUAACCAGUCGAGUAAAUUCAAGACACAAGAUUCACUACACACUAAAACAGGCUACACAGAUAUAUUUGUGGGAAAUCUUUUACCCGGGUUUAUCGUUUUAAGAAGCAUUCUAUAAUACAAACUUAGUAGAGACCAUUCAAAGCAUUGUCGAGGUCUAUAGUGUUACACAUGUUGAAAGGCCACAUGUGUCUUAUGAAACUUGUUUGCAUCUGCUAGAGAGAUGUGUAAAAA